AAUUUAAUCCCUAAUUGUAAGGGAAAAUAUAAUAAAAUGCAAGGAUCAAUAUGCAAAAUGAGAAUCUUUGUUUCUAUUCAUGCCAAUCUCAUUUCCACAUUCAAAGCCACUCAAACAUCACACAAUAAAACAAAGUUAACAACAACUGUCUCAAUUUGCUUCAUCACACAAACUCACAGACACAAAACAGAACAAUCAUCUUACAAAUCUCAACUCUAACAACCUGAUUAAUAGUACCUUUGAAAAUCAUUGAAGCAUUAAAAAGGUUAUGGCUUUUCUUCUACCAAAUCUCCAACCUUAUCUUCAAACUCAAUUCAAAUCCAAAGAUAAACCUCUUCAUCAAACCCUUUCACAACCAAAACCCACUUCUCAUUUUCUUGUAUCUUCAACUUCCUCAGCCUCUUCUUCACAAGUUAACACACCUACAAGUAUUCAAGAUAAACAUCAACAACAGCUUCCAAAAGAUGAAUUCUAUGUCAACCUUGGACUUGCUGUGAGAACUCUCCGUGAAGACAUGCCUAUGAUCUUCAUCAAAGACCUCAAUUAUGAUAUCUAUAGGGAUGAUAUAACAUUUUUGGACCCCUUGAACACAUUUACUGGAAUUGAAAAGUACAAAUUGAUCUUCUGGGCAUUGAGGUUUCAUGGAAAACUCUUGUUUCAUGAGAUAUCACUUGAUGUAUACAGAGUGUGGCAACCUUCAAAGAAUGUAAUAUUGAUUAGGUGGAACCUUAAAGGCGUGCCACGAGUACCUUGGGAAGCUAAAGGAGAAUUUCAAGGAACUUCAAAGUACAAGUUGGACAAAAAUGGCAUGAUUUAUGAACACAAAGUUGAUAACUUAGCAUUCAAUUUUCCACAAAAUAUUAAACCAGUUUCAGUUUUGGAUUUGAUUACUUCUUGCCCUGCAAGUCCAAACCCUACAUUUUUGUGGAGUUAUGUGGAUAUCUACUCUUCUUCAUGGAUAAUUUUAUAUAAGGCAGUUAGUGAUACAAUAUUGAAUCAAGAAAGGAGUUUAUUACCACAAGAUGGUCUAGCUAUUUGUUCAUAACUAUGAGCAAUCGUAUGCUGACGGAUCCAAAAAUUUUAAAUUCGCAGAGACAAAACUCGUGUAUACAAAGUUGUAAGAGCAAUGCUCAUGUAAUAUAUGAUGUAUAGUAUAUAUUGGGACAACUUAUAUAUAACGAUAUAUAUAAUAUUGAGUUUGUCGA